AACACAAUUAAUCAAUUCAACUAUGCCAACUCUAUUAAUCAUGUACCUAGGUAUGUAAAUGACAAUUUGAUGAAAUCUCUAUACCACGAGACUGUGGGAAUCACGCUUCUACGUACAAUUCUAGUUAUCAUCCAUUCGAAACCACUACGUCAUACUCGCCGUCAGAUACCAUGGCGUCCGAGACAUACAAAAUACAGUCAGCCAGAACAGUCGUGAAUAGGUACCAUAUCCACUGGAUAGGAUAGUCAAGUCUUACGAAUGAUGCGAAGCAGCCUCCGCAUCUUCAGAACUACGCAACUUACCGUAUUUACCCAAACCACUAGAUCGACCAUUACGAUACCGUCAAUAAGGACAAUGUCGUCGUCCAUCCCUCCACCAAACGGUAGCUCCAAAGCGCAUUUCCCACCCGACUCUUCACUCCCGGGCGAGCGUUUCGAGGUGCGGCAGACGCAUCCCACAGGGGAUUAUACACCGAUUCCAUCGAAAUCCUUCCCGCUAUCGGCGUCGCGACAAGCGCUCCUCGACGACAUCAUCGCCUUGUACGAGAUGAAGCCGACGGUCUCGCGGGUGCGGCGGUACACGCCGGACUGCGUGUACAAUGACCAGUUCGUGUACGCGGACGACCGGUACAAGAUGGCAGGGCAGUGGUUCGCACUGCCGAAGCUAUUUCACAGUGCCGAGAGUCGGGGGUAUCAAGUCGUGACUAAUGAUCGGGACCUGAUCCAGUUCAGACACGAAGAGGCAAGUUUAGUUUUGAAUCAUGGUGAUGGUUGGCGGGGUGAUAGAAGAGCUGACGAAUCGUUAGGCAUGGACGUUUAAGAUUAUCCCGAAGACGGCUGUGAUCAAUGCUCUUGUUAGCUUGUCGUUGGACCCGUCGACCAUCGAUAGCGACUUCAUCCGUGUCAAGUACCACAAAGACCAGGCGAAUGACAAAGACUACUCGAACGAGGGACUAGGAGCGACAUUUAAGAAGUGGCAGGCGGAUAACGUCGUCAAAUAUAUGGACAGCCGGGAAGUCAAAGAGUUUGAAGCCGAUAGAGACGCUGGUAAGGAAUCGCGCCCGAUGUAUGGAAGCGGUGAUACGAAAGGGGAUGCUAUUGUUAAAAAUUUGUGAGCUGUACAUAAUCGACACAAUCUAUUGUUCCUAGUCCGAUUCGUUAUUUCGUGCUCUGAUUACUUAGACAGUGGAGUCGGGCUGUGCUGCCGGGUAUGUGGUUGGACCAAUCCUGACAAUUUAAUAAUCGUCGUAUGCUGAUGCUGACUGUUCAAUAUUAGAUCUCGGAGUGAUCUCGACUUUCAGUAAGAUGGAUGGAUUCAUCGAAUUUCCUUGUGAUAUAUGCCUUGCAUAUAAAUGAUUGUUGAAAAUAUACUGUACACCUAGAACGCCUCACCGUACAUCUUUAAUAGAAAUGGAUACUGUGGAAUCGGGAACU